AUGCGCAGCCGCCUGUGGCUGGGCCUGGCGUGGCUGCUGCUGGCGCGGGCGCCCGGCGGCGCGGGGACCCCCAGCGGGCCGCGGAGGCCGCGCAGCUAUCCGCACCUGGAGGGCGACGUGCGCUGGCGGCGCCUCUUCUCCUCCACCCACUUCUUCCUGCGAGUGGAUCCCGGUGGCCGAGUGCAGGGCACCCCCUGGCGCCACAGCCCCGACAGCGUCUUGGAGAUUCGCUCCGUCCGCGUGGGCGUCGUGGUCAUCAAGGCCGUCUACGCAGGCUUCUACGUGGCCAUGAACCGCCGAGGCCAGCUCUACGGGUCGCGGGUCUACACCGGCGACUGCGGGUUCCAGGAACGCAUCGAGGAGAAUGGCUACAACACGUACGCGGCCCUGCGCUGGCACCACCGCGGCCGGCCCAUGUUCCUGGCGCUGGACCGGCGCGGGGCCCCCCGGCGAGGCUCCCGGACACGACGCCACCACCUGUCCACCCACUUUUUGCCGGUGCUGGUGUCUUGAGGCCGGUGUCCAGGAGGCCGCCAGAGGCCCGUUGACCGACUGGGGAAUAGAGGGCUGGCCGGAGACUCCGGGUGUCGCCUGAGCUGGGCAGAGAGCACUCCAUAAGCGCAAAAUGAGUGCUUGCUGUAUACUGGGCACUGGGGCUGAGCCCCCAGGAGCCCCAGUCUGAGAGGAGUGGGGGUGAGGAAGGGCCCUGCAAGGCCGCUGGGCAGCGGGGCAGCUGCUGGGGGGAGGUGACCUGGGUGAGGAGGGGCACUUGGGCUGGGCACAGCCAGGCACAGCUCUGGUGUGGGGACACACAGCAUUUGAAAAGGGCAGUGAGGAGGGGGGAGGCUGGGUAGAGUGUGUGGGUGUGGCGGGCUGCAGAUGAGACUGGAAAAGCGGCCACAGGCAAAACAGGCAGGGCCAGGGCCAACAGAGGGACAAACUAUGUGGGUGGCAGGAUAACGCCCCCCAAAGAUGUCCCUGUCCUGAUCCCCAGGACCUGUGACUAUAGUACCUGACAUGGCUAAGGGAAUUUAGCAGGUAGAUUAAGUGAAGGGUCCUGGAUCACACGGGUGGCCCAUGUGCUCACAGGGUCCUCAUCUGAGGGGGGCAGGAGGGUCAGAGUCAGAGGAGGAGAUGUGAGGAUGGAAAUAGAGAGACUGGAAGAUGUUCUCUGCUGGCUCUGAAGGCACAGGAAGGGGCCACAGGCCAAGGAACGCAGGGGAUCUAUAAGCUGGAAAAGGCGGGAGAUAAUUCUCCCCUAGGGCCUUCGGAAGGAACUAGCUGACACCCAGAUUUCAGCUCCCUGAGACCCAUUCUGGACUUCUGACCGCAGGACUGUUAGGUCAUAAGAUCGGUUGUAAUUUGUUAUAGCAAUGCUAGAUUUUAUGUAUAUGUGUAUGUGUGUGUUUGUAUGCUUUAGGUCUGAAAUCCUUUCACUAAUAAAAACAAUCCCCGGUCCAUUUGCUGUCCUGGGCCAUGGGGGAGAGGCUGACCAGGAGUGGCUGCUUGUGGGUGCCUGGCAAGUAGGGCUGUAUGUCGACACCUCUGGGGAUGAAGGGGUGAUGUCUCCUAACCUGUGGGUGGGGUGCCCUGCACCUGCCCACACCCAUCUCCAAGGGUCCCCUCAGUCCAGUGUCUGACUCGCCCCGGGCGGAGCCCUGAGGCUGUGGGACAGGCAUGCCACUGCUCUGGGCCUGUUUCCCCUCCUGUAAAACGGGGACAGUGGUGCCCUUCACCCCAUAGGGUCCUGCAGAGGCUGUGAUGAGGACCUCCAGCUAAGGCCAGACAUUUGGCUUGGUGAGGGUUGGGGUGGGAGGUGAUGGCUUCUCCCCUCCCAGGGCCGCCUUCCACUUGAAACACAGAUAACAGCAGGGGGCAGGAGAGGUGGGCUGGCAGCGUCCACCACUGGACGCUAAGGGCCCCUGCAGAGACUGGACACUCGCCACCAUGAAGGCCUGUGGCUCUCACCCAGGCAAUUUCCCCCACAGGGGACACUGGGCAAUGUCUGGGAACAUUGUGGUUGUCACAACUUGUGGGGGGGUCGCUACUGGCAUUUAUUGGGUCCAUCCCAGAGAAUGGCCUGGUCUGCAUGUCAGCAGUGCUGAUGAGGGAGACCCUGCGUUCAUUAUCUGGGAAAAAACCUGAGUUUGAUCCCUGCUCAGUGUACACCAGAGUAAACUCCGGACGGGUCAGACGGUGUAAACCAGAGGAAGUGUGUGGAUUUAAAUGUGGGCAGUGUCCUAGGACGUCAGUCAGUCAGAUGGUUAUGGGAUGCAGAGUCUCUUGGGGGUCAGUGGAAUCUCCUAACGCAGGGGUUCUGACCUGGGGUGAUUCUGCCCCCAGCAGAGACUUGGUGAUGUCUGGGGACAUUUGUGGUUGUCAUGACUGAGGGGGAGUGUUACUGGCAUCAAGUGGGUGGAGGCCAGGGAUGCUGCUCAACACCUUACAGUGCACAGGACGCCCCACCCAGAGAAGGAUCCGGGCCCCAUGUCAGCAGUGCUGAGGUGGAGUGAGCCUGCCCUGGGGAGACCCACCGAUUGCACCCACCUUGCUCCUUCCCUGGCUGCAGCACCGCUAGGGGCUGUUAGAGGCUAAGAUAAAGAAACAGUGAGAACAUCAGGUGCUGGAGAGGACACGGGGACCAGACCACUCACGCUUGGCCAGGGGAGGGGGUGCAAAAGGGUGCGGCACUUUGGAAACGUAGGGCAGCUUCUUGUGCACUCGCCAGCAGCCUGGCAGUUGCCCAGGCAUUGUCCCAGAGAAGGGAAGCUCACGGUGGUCCUGGACCCAGGACAGGCAGUCACACCACGGGACACAGGCCGGCAGCCAGAGGCCCCAGCGUCAACACCGCAGCCACCUGGAUCCGUCAUCAGCUGUUCAGAGUGAAAACACCGACUCCAAAGGGUCACACGCUGUGAGGUUCCAUUUACAGAACUUUCCGGAAAUGACAAAAACCAUAGGGACAAGGACAGUGGGGACAGAAGAGGGGUGUGGCCAUCAAGAGGCCCCAGGAGAGACCUGUUGUCAUAAACGUACAGCUGUCAACACUGGCGAGAUAUGGGGCAGGGGGGGACUGGACCCCUGGUUUUCUUACAGCCCUGUGUGAAUAAAAGGUUUGAACAAUUGGAAAGUGGCGCCUGGCCCUGGGGAGGGCUGCAGGGGUGGGAACAGCAUCUGAGUUCUGGACCCAGGAGUCCGACACGGGUCUCACAGGCUGGAAUCAAGGUGUUAGCGGGGUGGUUCCUUCCAGAGGCUCCGGGGGAGAACUGUCUCCUGCCUUCUGCAGCUUCUGGAGGCCCCA